AUUCGAUAAAGUCAAGAAAAGCGUUGUAUGUUUCUGCCGGUGUUAAUUUCCGGACGAGCUAUGUCAGCUAUGCAGAAGCCAGAUCAGCGGUAGCACUAUUAAUAAAUCAAGUUAUUAUGUAACUUAAACAGACGAUUGUUUGUAUUAUUAUUAUUAUCGUUGUUGUUGCAACACACAAAUACAUGUAAAGCUGAUAGAGAUCAUGGCAGCAGCAGUAAGUUGGGAGCUGGAUCCUAUUUUUCUGAAAGGCCUGGGCUAUCUCCACUCAAAAAGUAAAGAUUCUGCAGAAAAGCUAAAGGCACUUCUAGAUGAGUCUUUAGCAAGAGGGGGCGACUCAAACUACCGGCCGACUCAAAAGGAAGUAGAAGUUUCAAAGGUGUCGGUCUCAAAAAGUUCAAGCAAGGAAUUGAAAUCUUCCUCUUCGGGUAGCAACAAUGGAAAAACAAGUGGUUCUGAAAAAUCAAAGAAGGAAACUGAGAAGAGGUCAUCUGAAAAGGUUAAGGUGGACCCAGGUGAUGGAGCUGACUUACCAAAGAAGCCCCGGUUGGAAAAACAGGAGAAUCGUUCCUCUCCCAUUACAGUUCAGACCAGCAAGGACAUUCCCAUGCCAGACCUCUCCAGCUUUGAUGAAACCAGUGCUGAUGAUUUUGCCAUGGAAAUGGGUUUAGCAUGUGUGGUGUGUCGGCAGAUGACGGUGACCUCAGUGAACCAACUUGUAGAAUGCCAAGAAUGCCAUAACCUCUACCACCAGGACUGUCACAAGCCACAGGUGACAGACAAGGAUGUGAAUGACCCACGCCUGGUUUGGUAUUGCGCCCGCUGUACCAGGCAAAUGAAACGCAUGGCACAGAAGACCCAAAAACCUACACAAAAGCCUGUGCCGGCUGUUGCUUCAGCAGCUCCUGUCGUAAAGGAUACUUUGGUCAAGAAACCUGAGGUCAAACCCAAACUGGAAACAACCACCACAUUCCAGGCAUUUAAGAGGACAGAAGUUAAGGCGUCCACAACAGUUUCAGGGAACACCUCAAGUGCCAGUGUCUCUUUGUCAUCCGCUACUGGCUUGACUGGAUGGGCUGCCUUUGCUGCCAAGACAUCUACAACGGGUCCUACUAGCACUAAACUUGGAGCGCCCACACAGAGCACUAGUGGGAAAGCGACUGCUUCAUUAGCUAGCCAGAAACCAGUGGGUCUGUCAGGACUGGCAAGUACUAAAUCAGGACUUGGAUCCAAAAUUGCUGUUGGCAGUGGUGGAAACAACAAUAACGGCGCUAGCCCAUCCCCCCUCAAACCACCUCCUCCACUGACCCUUGGGAAGCCAGGCCUGAACCGAUCAUCAAGUAGCGACAAUGUGAGUAAGGUUGGUUCGCCGGGGUCCAGUGGCAGCAGUGCGGCAAGUUCUAUCCAGGCCAGCUGUGGAAAUGGGGGCAAUGGGGCAGCUGGAAGUACCAGUAACAAUGGAGGCGCAAAAGCAGCAGCAGAUGCUGGUAAAGUUCCAACUUCCCAGGAGUCUCAGCUCAAUGCCAUGAAACGUCUCCAGAUGGUGAAGAAGAAAGCUGCACAGAAGAAGCUCAAAAAAUAAACACGCCCCAUUCAUCAUUUUUGAAAUGCAAUACUUGAAUUCUUUCUAAAAAAUACAUGCUGCUGUUCAUAUUCUUCAAAACACAGAUGUGUAUUUUGGUCGCAGUUGAAUAAAGCUUGUCAAGUGAAAUAA